UUCCAGAGGAUGCUCGGGCCACCUGCGGGGACCUCGGGGCAGCAGUGAGGUCCUCUCCUCCUGUGCCGGGGGCUCCCCCAGGGGGCCGAGCAUGGUGGUUUUCCCUUGGAACCUCCUGGCUUGGGACGUCUGAGAAGAUGCCUGCCAUGAGGCUGUUCACUUGCUUCCUGCAGCUCCUGGCUGGGCUGGCACUGCCCGCUGUGCCCCCCCAGCAGUGGGCCUUGUCUGCUGGGAAUGGCUCAUCGGAGGUGGAAGUGGUGCCCUUCCAGGAAGUGUGGGGCCGCAGCUACUGCCGGGCACUGGAGAAGCUGGUGGACAUCGUGUCGGAGUACCCCAGCGAGGUGGAGUACAUCUUCAGCCCGUCCUGCGUCUCCCUGAUGCGCUGCACGGGCUGCUGCGGCGACGAGAACCUGCACUGUGUGCCCAUAGAGACCGUCAAUGUCACCAUGCAGGUCCUGAAGAUCCGCGCUAAGACCCGGCCCUCCUACGUGGAGCUGACAUUCUCUCAGCACAUCCGCUGCGAGUGCAGGCCUCUGUGGGAGAAGAUGAAGCCAGAAAGGAGGAGACCCAAGGGCAGGGGGAAGAGGAAGAGAGAGAAGCAGAGACCCACAGACUGCCACCUGUGCGGCCAUACUGUUCCCCGGAGGUAACCGGCCCCUCGGAGGAGAGUCACCUCCGCCCGGCUCCUGUAUUUAUUAUUACGGCCACACUCAGUCCCCUCCCUGCUGACGCCUCUAUUUAUUAGCCAGUUGUAUCCCUGCUGAAUGACUUGCUCCCUCCGCGAUGAGGGGCAGGGAGGGACAGGACCCUCAGGAAUUCAGUGCCUUAAACAGAACGUGAGAGAAAGAAGGCGGCCCCGGAGCCACGUGUGCUGCAGCUGGAGAAGAAACAAGACCUGAGGCCCGGUGAGGGGCCGGCCAGGCCCCAGCGGGCUUCCUUGGAGCGGGAAAGAGAGCGGGGACGGCGGCAGGGCCCGGCCCGGGGCUCCGCGUGGACAAGCAGCCCCGACUUCUGGGGGGAGGCAGGCAGCGGCCGGAGCAGCAGCAGCUCCGGAGACAGGCCAUGGCCUGGGGGCCUCUGCCACGGCUUGUCCCCUACGUCUCUCCUGACAUCUUGUCACUGCUCGUGCUGGGAUGUUGUUCUUUACGGUCAAGGCGUCCCCCCCUGCCCCUCUCAGGGACAUAGGCAAAGAGGGGGCCCUAGGCUGGCCGUGGAGCCAGCUGCCCCUGAGUGGCUGCUGUGUGACUGCCAAGCCAGAUUCUCUUGAAUAAAGUAUU